UUUGGACCUCAUAAACAACCACAGAACCACAAGUUGGGUAGCCUGGCAGUGUCAGAAGUGUAAGCCCAGCACAGUGGUCAGCAGGCAGGACGAAUCACACUGAAUGCAAACCACAGGCUUUCGCAGAGCGGUGAAAGAAAUUAUAGAAUCCCCCGCCUUCAGGAGAGGUGCGUUUUCGAAAGGAAACAAUGGCUUCAGACAGCAUUUUUGAGUCAUUUCCUUCAUAUCCACAGUGCUUCAUGAGAGAUGCCAGCACGAGCCGCCGCUUCACGCCGCCUUCCACCGCGCUGAGCCCCGGCAAGAUGAGCGAGGCGCUGCCGCUGGGCGCCCCGGAUGGCGGCGCCGCCCUGGCCAGCAAGCUGAGGAGCGGCGACCGCAGCAUGGUGGAGGUACUAGCUGACCACCCCGGCGAGCUAGUGCGCACCGACAGCCCCAACUUCCUCUGCUCCGUGCUGCCCACUCACUGGCGCUGCAACAAGACCCUGCCCAUCGCUUUCAAGGUGGUGGCACUGGGGGACGUCCCGGAUGGCACUCUGGUCACUGUCAUGGCAGGCAACGAUGAAAACUACUCGGCAGAGCUGAGAAAUGCUACCGCGGCCAUGAAGAACCAGGUGGCGAGAUUCAACGACCUCAGGUUUGUCGGGCGGAGUGGUAGAGGCAAGAGCUUCACUCUGACCAUCACCGUCUUUACAAACCCGCCACAAGUUGCCACCUACCAUAGAGCCAUCAAAAUCACAGUGGACGGCCCCCGAGAACCCCGAAGACAUCGGCAGAAACUAGAUGAUCAGACCAAGCCCGGGAGUUUGUCCUUUUCCGAGCGGCUCAGUGAAUUGGAGCAGCUGCGGCGCACGGCCAUGAGGGUCAGCCCGCACCACCCAGCCCCCACGCCCAACCCUCGGGCCUCCUUGAACCACUCCACUGCCUUUAACCCUCAGCCUCAAAGUCAGAUGCAGGAUGCCAGGCAGAUCCAGCCGUCCCCACCGUGGUCCUAUGACCAGUCCUACCAGUACCUGGGAUCCAUCACCUCUUCCUCUGUCCACCCAGCGACACCCAUUUCACCCGGCCGUGCCAGCGGCAUGACCAGCCUCUCCGCAGAACUUUCCAGUCGACUCUCAACCGCUCCGGAUCUGACCGCCUUCGGCGACCCACGCCAGUUUCCUACGCUGCCGUCCAUCUCCGACCCGCGCAUGCACUACCCAGGCGCCUUCACCUACUCGCCGCCCGUCACGUCGGGCAUCGGCAUCGGCAUGUCAGCCAUGAGCUCGGCCUCUCGCUACCACACCUACCUGCCGCCGCCCUACCCCGGCUCCUCGCAGGCGCAGGCCGGGCCCUUCCAGACAGGCUCGCCCUCCUACCAUCUAUACUACGGCGCCUCGGCCGGCUCCUACCAGUUCUCCAUGGUGGGCGGCGAGCGAUCGCCCCCGCGCAUCCUGCCGCCCUGCACCAACGCAUCCACCGGCGCCGCGCUGCUCAACCCCAGCCUCCCCAGCCAGAGCGACGUGGUGGAGACCGAGGGCAGCCAUAGCAACUCGCCCACCAACAUGCCCCCCGCGCGCCUGGAGGAGGCCGUGUGGCGGCCCUACUGAGCUGAGCGCCAUCGCCAUAGAGGGACUGGGCCCGCCGUCCAUGCACAGACCCCGCCAGGAGGGCCCUUGGAGGCCAACAGGAAGAAUCCCGGAGGGAAACUGUGAAUGCUUCUGAUUUAGCAAUGCUGUGAAUAAAAGAAAGAUUUUAUACCCUUGACUUCACUUUUUAACCACGUUGUUUAUUCCAAAGAGUGUGGAAUGUUUUCGGUUCGGGGUGGGGAAAACGCAGCCCAUCCUGUUUGGCAUCUAUUUCUUAUUUCGGAGUUUUCUUUUCCGCACCUUAUCGAUUGCAAAAAUGCCUGUUUGCAUCUGGGUGGUCGUUUAUUUUUAAGUGUGUAUAGAUUUGAGCUUGCUUUUUUCUUCCUUUGACCAACUCAAAGAAAUAAAAUUCCCUUCUCUGUAAGGUUUAUUUAACUUUUAGACUUUCAUGUAGCUGGGGGUUUUAUUUGUGUUUGGUUUUUGUUUUUGUUUUUAUUUUUGAAGAGACAGCUACAGCUUUGGGUCAUUUUUUAACUACUGUAUUUCCACAAAGAAAUCCCUAGAUAUUUAUGUAUCUGAUGUUUGAACAUUUACAUAUGUGUUGAUACUUUUUUAAUUAUUUAAAUGUACUUAUAUUAAGAAAGAUAUCAAGUACUACAUUUUUCUUUAUAAUAGCCAAAGUUAAAUAUUAUUGCGUUGAAGAUGUCUGGGAAAAAAAGGAGAUCGCUUGGUUAACUAGAAAUAUUGUUUACAUUAAACUCCCUUUAUGUUAUUCAAACAAGUUGGUAGGUAACGCAGCAAUGUUUUUAAUUGGACUGUAGACACUGAGGGUCACUCCAAGGUCAGAAGUACAAAAUUUUCUGCUAGGCUCAACAAAUAAUCUCAUACCUGGCUCCUUCCCUACAAAAAGAGAGGCGAAACUCUGUCCUGAAAGGGUUCAGAGAGGUGCCAAGGAUUUGCUCUGAAGAGGAUUUCAUUUUGGCCUGGAGAUAUACUUGCCCCAAGGCCUCCUCAUUCUGGCAUGCUUUAUCACAGAGCUCAACCAAGUAAGCUGUUGGUCAGGGGGUUACUUACAUAGUAUUUACAUAGACCCAAACCACUGAAUGUGAUUUUUAAAUUGCCUUCCAUUAAUAGUACCCAUUCAUUGAUGAAAACCAAAACUUGAGGCUGUACCCCAAAGAUCCAAAUAGAAGAUGUAAGACCAGGUGCCUUUGAGGCCUAAAGGCUGAGUUUUAAGAGAGUGUACCCCAAAAGUCUGAAGGAUCUGGUUUCCCUCUCCCAGUCUUAGUGGAAUCAGUCAAGGGAGGCAGAUGCCACGCCCACCUGUGCAGGAUGCUCCUCAGAAGCUGCCCCUUCACCAGCAUCUUCUCCCACCAGGCCGAGCCCCUGACCUUUGGGGUGCAUCAGUGUGAUAGAUCCCUGUCUCUGCAGUCUGCCAUGGCUACGGUUCAGAUGUGCAUCGUGUCACUGUAAAUGUAAUGGUACUAUUGUUAUAGUGGAGGACUUGGUUAAAAUCCAGUUGUUCUACAACAUAUGAAGCCUAACCGCUGGUUCUGACAUACAUGUGCUCAAAAUGAUCUGGUUGUUUGGAUUUUUUGUUGUUUUGUUUUUUGAUGUACCUCUUAAAUUAGUUGAAGUGAUGUCAGGUCAACUCCGAAGAGCGUUUGAAAGCAGGACUUCAGCACAGUGUUUGAUUUUUUUAUUAUUAUUAAUAUUAUUUUAUAAAUCUAAGCAUUCAGAUUAGAUCUUUGGCUGCAGGCAGCAAAAACAGCUGGACUUAUUUAAAAAAAAAUACAGCUUGUUUUUUGAGUUAUCUAUAUCUAUAUCUAUAUAUUGAUUCUUUGUCUUACAUAGAGCAGCAGCACUUUGGUAACCUGUGAUACCAGGUUGUUCUUGUCUGGAGAAGAGCGCUAGCAGGAUUCAGAGAAACUCAGAAUAGAUUUUCAUAUCAGCCAUACCUUCCUCCUCCAUCCGGUCUCCACUCAGUUAUUCCACAGAACACUUCGACAGCUGUGUUGUCAGAAAAAUUUUUAAAAAUUUAAUUUCUCAAAAGGAGUUUGUUUCUCCAACAUUAGAUGUUCCUCUUACCAUAGGCUGCCGUAUCUGGCCUGAGAAAACGGUAGGGAAAGACGAAGGAAAGAGAUUUCUAUUUUUUCAUAUUAAUUUUGAUAUCUGAAGAUACUCUAGCCCUUAGAGAAGAAGCAGAUAAUCUCACACAUUGAACUUUUGCCCUGGGCACCAUGCAUCAAGAAGGCUUAUCACUGUGUUAGAGCCAUUUAGUGCUUCCUAAACUUUCAUCAACAUAGGCAGUAUUUAGUCUCAGAGAAAAAAAAUCCAUCAGGCACAUGUAGUCUUGGAGAUAGAUUCCACGGGGCAGGUAUUUCUCUACCUGAGAAACUGUGUUCAUUGCCUUCGGGUGCUUCAAGGGGUCUCCUCAUUCACUGUCUUCAAGGAAGACCCAUAAGCCAAUUCUGAGAUAAUGGAGCUGUUGGGAAUACUGGUCCAGAGAAAGAAAAAUGGGAUGAGCCACUCCUACUGCUUAUUCAAGCCCCUAUUUAUAAUUUUAACACACUUUCCAUUCCUUCUGGUUUUCUCACCAUCUAUAUCCUCCCAAUAGCCCUUCUCACUUUUCUUUUCCCUCCUCCAAACACACACACACACACACACACACACACACACACACACACACACAUCCUCUGCCCCAUACCAAGUGUCCAGAACACAGAAAGUCUAGUUCUUCUCCGUUUAUUAAAGAACAGGGUGUGUCAGCCAUUCUCUUGCUCACGGGUUUUUUUCCCAAGAGAACGAGGCGUUACCAGCCAUUUUCAGUCUGCUUUCUGCCCAGAUACUGCAGCAGAAACUCUGAGGAUCACAACCCGUGGCUGAGCAGCUGUGCUGCUGCCCAAACGUCCUGUGCAGACAAACGCACGCUGGGACUGCAAAGGCUGUCUCUCCUUCUGCCUCUUUUCUUCCAUACGUUUCUCUCGAAAGGCCUCAACUGAGGACUGCAGAUUUCUUUCUUGAAAUAACUUUCCCCCAGGGACAUUCGGUCUUAGGGGUUUUUUGGUUUUGAUGGGUUUUUUGUUUUGGUUUUUUUUUGUUUUUGUUUUUGUUUUUUUUUUUUUUUUGGUUCUUCUCAUUUUGUUUGUAGGAGAAGGCAUGAGAUGUUGAGGGUCUAUCAUACAUGAAAAUAAAUAGUUUGACAGCAAUCUCAGAAUAUAUUUUUUUCCUUAUUUGAACAAAGGACUGUUUUGUUUACUCUACAGUAUACCUUUAUUCGGUGGGUUUGGCUGUUGGUCCGUUCGCUGUUUGUCGGAAAUGCCUUCCCUCUUUCAGCCGGGUCAGUAUAGCCAAAGCUGAUCAUUUGUCUGUUUUUUUUCUUUUUUUUCCUCAGAAGAGUUGUAUCCACAAACUCAAUUGUAUUUAUGUAUGUAAAUAGAUUUCAUGCUUCAUUAUAAAAUAUUGUUAAUGCCUGUAAUAACUUUUUUCACAUUUUGUGU